AUGGCUACACCCCCGCCCGCUCCCGCCACUGCCGCUGACGUGCAGGAGGGCUUCUCUGCCUUGACACUAGAUGCGCCUGUUCCCGCUGUGCCCGAAGCCGCCGCUCUGCCUGUCGAUGAGAAGCUCGCCAAGCUCGCAGCCAUCACUGGCGCCCCACUGUCUGCGGAGACCGAUGCCCAGCUACGCGCGCUCUUCACUGAGAAGACGCACCCCAUCGCCUACGACGGCUUCGAGCCCUCAGGUCGUGUGACGUUGGCUUCCGGUCUACUACGUGCGCUUAAUGCUAAGCGCCUCAUGGACGCUGGCUGCCACGUGCGUCUAUUGGUGGCGGAUACGCACGCUCUGCUCAACAACAAGUUCGGCGGAGACCUCAAGAAGCUGCAGAGCGUCAGUACUUACAUGGUGGAGGUAUGGAAAGCGCUUGGUCUGGACGCCGACAAGCUGCCCAACCUAGAGAUCAUGCUGGCGUCCACAGAGACCGCACGCCAUGCCGGCGCCUACUGGUCGCAGGUGCUGGACGCUGCCGGCCGCUUCACGGUCGAGCGCGUGCAGCAAUGUGCGCCCAUCAUGGGCCGCAAGACGGAUGACGCCGUGCACAACACGAACCGCAUUCUGUACCCGCUCAUGCAGCUCGCAGACGGUUUCCUGCUGCAAGCCGACAUCUACCAGCUCGGCGCUGACCAGGAUGCCGGCAAUGAGCUCGUGCGCGACUACAUCGCUCAAAAGGAGCUUUCGAACAAACCUGUCUUCCUCACACACCCGCUGCUGCUCGGUCUGAAGCAGGAGCAGUUCAAGAUGACUACAACGGACGCCGAGUCGGCCAUCUACGUCGAUGACACGGCCGCUGAGGUCAAGACGAAGAUCAAGAAGGCGUACUGCGUGCCUGGCGAGGUGGAAGGCAACCCAGUGCUGAACUACAUGAAGUACCUGGUCUUCCCUCUCCACGCGGACGGUGUCACGCUUGAGCGCAGUGAGAAGAACGGCGGCAACCUCACUUUUGCCACGUACGACGAGCUUGAGGCAGCUUUUUCCAGUGAAAACGUGCACCCGGCUGACCUGAAGCCAUGUCUGACCAAGUACAUCAACGCGCUGCUCGAGCCUGUGCGCCAACACUUCGCAAGUGGUCCGCUCAAGACGAUGUUCUCGAGUAUCAAGAAGCUGAAAGUGUCUCCGAUCCCGGACAGCGACAAGCUGGCCAACCUCUCGUUGCCUGGAUUCCCCGAGUCUGUUAAGGAGUGGAAGCCAUCCUCGCUGUCACUUGAGGAACGUUACGCUGUAGCUCGCUCUGUGGGCGAAGAAUGUAUCCAGGAGAACGAGCUGGAGGAUCUACUGGAGAAGAAGGACCACCCUGUGUGCUACGAUGGCUUUGAGCCUUCCGGACGUAUGCACAUUGCUCAGGGUGUUCUUCGUACAGUGAACGUGAACAAACUGACGUCAGCUGGCAGCGUAUUCCGCUUCUGGGUGGCUGACUGGUUCGCCAUGCUGAAUAACAAGAUGGGCGGCGACCUGGACAAGAUCCGCAUGGUGGGGCAAUACAUGGUGGAGAUCUGGAAGUCUGUGGGGAUGGACAUGACCAAUGUGGAGUUCCUGUGGGCGUCCCAUAAGAUUAUUUCUCACAGUGGGUCGUACUGGCUGCGUGUGAUGGACAUUGCCCGCCGAACGACCAUUGCGCGUACGCUCAAGUGUUGUACCAUUAUGGGUCGCAAGGAGAAGGAAGGCAUGCAAGCCGCGCAGAUCCUCUACCCGUUGAUGCAGUGCGCCGACAUCUUCAACCUCAAGGCCGACAUCUGCCAACUGGGUAUUGAUCAACGUAAAAUCAACAUGCUCGCGCGCGACUACUGCGACCAGGCCAAGAUUCGCUUCAAGCCGAUUAUCCUCAGCCACCACAUGCUCAUGGGUCUGAAGGAAGGGCAGGAGAAGAUGUCGAAGAGUGACCCGGAGUCGGCUAUCUUCAUGGAGGACGCAGCUGAAGAUGUGCGUCGCAAGAUCGAGAACGCCUUUUGUCCGGAAGGUGUCGUGGAGGCCAACCCGAUCCUCGACUACAUGAAGCACAUCAUUUGUCCUCGUUUCGCUGCUCAAGGUGUGACUGUGAAGCUUGCGGACGGCUCGGAGAAGACGUUUGCUGCCUACCAGGAGCUUGAGGACGCCUUCGUCGCCCGCCAGGUGAACGGUACCGACCUCAAGGCGGCACUGAGCAAGUACCUGAAUGAGAUUCUGGAGCCUGUCCGUGAACAUUUCUCCAAGGGUGAAGCCAAGGAGCUGCUGGCCAAGGUGCGCUCGUUCCGCAUCACCAGAUAAACACGACGUAGGACUGCACCAAGGGCGCUAGACUGCGUAGGACUUGUAAUGUGAUUAACAAGUUGACUUGAAUUUGAAAUGGUGGCGACCAAUGAAAUAAA